CCAUGGCCCGAGCCAUGUCCCGGCGGCGCUGAGCCUCGUCGUCGUCACCGUCCCCCGUCACCACCAUGGGGAGCAUCUACAAGGAAUACUUCAACCGCGACAAAAUCCGCGAGCACUACAACUUCACCAAGGGCGACGGCGAGAGCGCGGCGCCCUCGCGCUGGGUGGGCUCCGUCCUCAUCGUCGUCCUGUGCUGCGUCAUCGUCCUGGAGAACCUGCUGGUGCUGGUGUCCAUCUGCCGCAACAAGCGCCUGCACCUGGCCAUGUACAUCUUCAUCGGCAACCUGGCCGCCUCGGACCUGCUGGCGGGCACGGCCUUCAUGGUGAACACGCUGCUGUCGGGCAGCACCACCUUCAGCCUGACGCCCGUGCAGUGGUUCGUGCGCGAGGGCACGGCCUUCGCCACGCUGGCGGCCUCGGUGUUCAGCCUGCUGGCCAUCGCCAUCGAGCGGCACGUGGCCAUCACCAAGGUGAAGGUGUACAGCAGCGACAAGAACUGCCGCAUGGUGCUGCUGAUCGGCGCCUGCUGGGUGAUCGCCGGCGCCAUCGGCAGCCUGCCCAUCAUGGGCUGGAACUGCAUCAGCGACCUGGGCGACUGCUCCACCGUGCUGCCGCUCUACUCCAAGCGCUACGUGCUCUUCGUCACCACCAUCUUCACGCUCAUCCUCAUGGCCAUCGUGGGGCUCUACACGCGCAUCUACUGCAUCGUGCGCUCCAGCCACGCCGAGAUCGCCUCGGCGCAGACUCUGGCCUUGCUCAAGACCGUCACCAUCGUGCUGGGCGCCUUCAUCGUCUGCUGGCUGCCCGCCUUCAUCAUCCUCCUGAUGGACGCCUCGUGCCCCGUGCGCGCCUGCCGGGUGCUCUACAGCGCCAAUUACUUCUUCGCCUUCGCCACGCUCAACUCGGCGGCCAACCCGGUGAUCUACAUGCUGCGCAGCAAGGACAUGCGCGGCGAGUUCCUGCGCGUGCUCUGCUGCUGCGGCCGCGGCCGCCGCCCGCAGCCCCCCGGCCGGGCGGGGGUCCCGCUGCGCACGUCCAGCUCGCUGGACAAGGGCCCGGCCGGCGCCGCGGCCGAGCUGCCCACGGCGCCGCUGACCCGCGAGUGCACCACGUCCGUCUGAGGGUCUGGGGGUGACGUGUGGGUGGCAAGGGGGGGUUUGUGGUCAAGGGAGUCCGGUGGGUGGUCAGGGGACACGGCGUGGACACCCCGUGGACACCCCGUGGACACCCCAUGGACGUCCUGUGGACAUCCCAUGGACACCCCACGGCCUCAAGACCACCCUGUGGAUACUCCAUGGACACCCCACGGCCUCGUGGACACCCCAAGGCCACCCUGGGGACACCCCAAGGCCACCCCAUGGCC